GGAAUAACUCAUCUAAGAAUCCUUCAUCCCCUUUCCCCUUGGAUAACCAGCUCAUGUUUCAACUAGCCUGCACAGUUGAUAGAGGACCCCUGCCUAGAGUUAAGCAGGCUCCUGGAGCCCCGACAUUGGUAUCUGGAGCCCAGAAGCUGCUCUGAGUAGUCUCCGGAUGAAAGCCAUUCAUGCACGAGUGUUUCUUCUCCCGUCAGUACCAAAACAGACUGUGAGCCUACAUUGCCUCAUCUCUUAUUACAUGUUCUGGACUACUAACAACCACCCCACCCCCACAGCUGGAGGCUUUUAAAUUUUUUAAGUGCAUGCUCAAGUUUACGUAAGUAAAUCAAACAACAUGGCGAACUCGUUUACAGAAAUGCAAAUUAGAUCAGUAAGUGGAACCGCGCUACAGUCACUUCCUGCUCAAAGGUCUCUUCUCCAUUUCACUCGCCGAACGCCCAUUUUGUAACACCGCGGCGGCGGGAGCUGGGCAGGAGAGGCGGGGGAGGGGGCAGCGCCUCCGCCUCUUCCCGGGGAGGACUGGCGGGAAGCGGCCAUCCCGCCCACCCGCCUGGCGGGACGCUUAAAGUGCGCUGGAGCAGCCGGGAACCCCUUGAGUUCCCGCUCGGCACCGCCAUGUCUACCCCCGCCAAGCGGCACUGCCAGAGCCCCGCCGGCUCCCUCGAAUCCAGCUUCCAGAAGCGCCUCAGGAAGAUUUCCAUCGAGGGGAACAUCGGUGAGCUCGACGGAGAGGGUGCGGGGGGCGGCUCGGGGUGGUAGGGGAGUCCGGGAGAAGGUGGAGGGUGUCAGGCCGGGAGCACCCAAGGGGUUGGGACGCCGGGGGAGACAAAGAGAGAGGGGUGGCUGCGGCGCUUGUACCCCCGGCUCUGCGGGCAGAGUCGCACCGGGACAUGAAGCCGGAGCGAGGCUGGGGCGGAUGGGGAGCUCCCCGAACAGGGUGCCCGUCAGUGACACCGAGGCGCAGGGCGGGCUCGGGAGCACAAAGCCCCGGUGUCCCCUCGGCCCGGCCUGCAGCGCUCGUACGCUCCCGCCCGCGCCAAGUCCCAGCGCCUGCGCGGCCGCUCCCUCGCUCUCCCCGCUAAGCUCCGCCCGCCACAGCAGCUCUAAAAUGUCGGCUGCUCCUCGGCCGCCCUUAUCACCCGCCCGGCCGGGCGCGGCCCCUCUGGCGAGAAAGAUUAGCGCAGUUCGCUCCGCGGCGGACCCGGCCGGCCCCGCGCCCCAACAAAUGCUAGCAACCUUUAAACUGCCCCAGUCCGUCAGCAGCAGCAGAGCUAUCAACCCCCAGCCCUUUGUGAACUGCUCUAAUCUUCCGCAGCUGCGGGGAAGUCAACGUUUGUCAGGCUGCUGGAGAAACACAGCGAUGAGUGGGAGAUCAUCCCCGAGCCCAUCGCUAAGUGGUGCAACAUCCAGACAGCCGAGGAUGAGUAUAAGGAACUUUCAACAUCUCAGAAGAGUGGAGGAAACUUACUUCAAAUGCUGUAUGACAAACCCUCAAGAUGGGCUUACACAUUUCAGACUUAUGCCUGCUUGAGCCGAGUAAAAGCCCAAUUAAAACCUCUCUCAGCCAAGCUGUACGAAGCAGAACAUCCAGUGCAAUUUUUUGAAAGAUCUGUGUACAGUGACAGAUACGUGUUUGCUUCUAACCUGUUCGAGUCUGGAAGUAUUAAUGAAACAGAGUGGUCUAUUUAUCAGGACUGGCACACAUGGCUUUUGAAUCAGUUUCAAUCAGAUAUAGAACUGGAUGGCAUGAUCUAUCUCAGAACCACACCUCAGAAAUGCAUGGAAAGGCUACAGAUGAGGGGCAGAAAAGAGGAGCAAGGAAUCGAGCUUGAGUAUUUGGAAAACCUCCACUAUAAACAUGAAACCUGGCUUCAUGAAAGGACUAUGAGAGUUGAUUUUGAGAACAUUAAGGAGAUUCCUAUUCUAGUUUUGGAUGUUAAUGAAGACUUUAAGAACGAUAAGAUUAAACAAGAGUACCUGAUUGAUAAAGUCAAGUCAUUUCUGACUUCUUUAGAAGAUGAAAAUUAAUUCCAAUAACAAGUCCAUGAAGUUCACUCAACAAUCCGUGUUUAAAAAUUUACUUAAAACAAAUGCAUUAACUGUAUAGCUGAUUUUAAAGCAAGCCUGAAAUGUAAUAACAUGAUUUGGGGUUUAUUUUUAUCCUUGUCUGAGCAGUGUGUUUUGGUAAAUCUUUUUGUAUAGCUGAAAAGAACAAAUAUGGGGUAUUUUGAUAUUGAUUUUUUUCUUUUAUAUUCUCUGCUGUUUAAUAAAGAUUUUAAAGUGAUAUUGCCUCUCGAGUGACUGUCCCCACGGGGGAGCUCAGCGAGAGGCCGACACCCAGUAAACAGAUAGCAGGCGCUGAGCAGGGCUGUUUUGCAAUAACUGGCACGGGUUCACCAUUUUAAGACGAGACUGUUAUGGCGUCCAGAAACCUUUACUUUCAACUUCUGCUUUACUGAGUGGCCGUUUCCACCGGAUUUACGCUACUUAAGGCUGGACGUUAGACCUGUAACAAACUGUAAUUUACGCUUAUCUCGUUGGCGAUCUCACGCCCACCCCC